CAGGACCCGGCUCGCGUUGGGCGGCGUGAGAACCGCUUAUUCCACAGCACACAUGGGGUUGGGACCACGCUCUCCUCCCCACUCGGGGCGCCGCUUCCCUGCUGGCAGCAAACGAGGACGCGGAGCCCGGGGGUCGGGGCGCCCUCCGCCGGGCCGCGGGCGGCACUCCCGCGCGCCUGCGGACCGGCAGGCAGAGCCGACUCCGGAUGCCCUUCCGCAUCUGAGCCCCGAAGCUCUGGGAUAUUUCCGACGGGCGCUGUCCACGCUGAAAGACGCCCCGGAGGCCGGGGAAGAGCGAGAGCUGAUGGUGCACAAUAUUUUGAAAGAAGUGGAGGCUCAAGCCCUGGCCUUGGCCACGAACAGGACUGGCAGUGAGAUGUUGCAAGAACUGUUGGGAUUCAGUCCUUUGAAGCCACUGUGUCGAAUAUGGGCGGCUCUGCGCUCCAACUUGCGUAUUGUGGCCUGUCAUCGGUGUGGGGUCCAUGUGUUGCAAAGUGCUUUGCUGCAGCUGCCUCGGUUGCUGGAGAGGCCCGCCAAGCAGGAGGAAGAGGAGGAGGAGGAAGAGGAGCAGGGGAAGGAUGGUGUCUUGGAAAGCUUGGAGGAGUUGGUCCUGGGACUAGCUUCCGAGGUAUCUGAUGAUUUUCUUUUCUACUGUGGAGACACUCAUGGCAGCUUCGUGGUCAGAACUCUCCUACAGGUCUUAGGCGGGACUCUUCUGGAAUCUGAGAGAACCAGGCACCGAGGUUCCCAAUCAUCUAAAGCACACAGGACCUCAGCUCGGGAAUGUAAGCCUGCUGAUUUUGAAGUCCCAGAAACCUUCUUGAAUUGCCUUCAGGACCUGAGCUCUUGCUUUCUGAAAGACAUUGCUGUGUUUAUCACUGACAAGAUCUCUAGCUUCUGUCUUCAAGUGGCCUUACAUAUCUUACACCGCAAACUGCCCCAGUUUUGUGCCCAUCUCUGCAGUGCUGUGAUUGGCUAUCUGGGUACUCGCAGUUCCUCAGCAGACAGAAGCCCUCUACUGAUGUUUCUUCAGGAUCAGACAAGCUCCAGACUCCUAGAACAGGUGCUGUUGGUGUUAGAGCCCCCAAAGCUCCAGAGUCUCUUUGAAGAUCACUUCCAGGGUCAGCUGCUGACCUUGGCUGCACAUCCCAUUGCUAACUUCCCUUUGCAACGCUUAUUGGAUGCAGUCACUUCUCCUGAGCUGUUGUCCUGUGUGUUUGAAGAACUGAGCCCUGCCCUGGAAGCUGUGUUGGCCCAGGGUCAUCCAGGUGUAGUUGUUGCCUUGGUAGGGGCCUGCCGCAGAGUUGGGGCUCACCAAGCCCAGGUCUUGCAGCGGUUGUUGGAGGCAUUCCACUGUGCAGAACCCUCAUCCCGACAAGUAGCCUGUGUGCCUCUCUUUGCCACGUUGACAGCUUAUGAGGUGUACUAUGAACUAAUGGAGGAGGAGGGGGCAGUGCCUGCAGAGCACCAGGUGGACAUGGCCUCAGCCAGGGUUCUGGGGGAAGUAACUGUACUUGGGUCUCUACUGCUCCAGCAUCUGCUGCACUUCUCCACCCCUAGUCUUGUUCUUCGAAGUUUAGGUGCCUUGACAGGACCACAGCUUGUGGCUCUGGCCCAAAGCCCUGCUGGCUCCCAUGUACUUGAUGCCAUCCUGGUCAGCCCUUCUGUGACACGCAAGCAGCGUCGCCGUGUGUUACAGACUCUGAAGGGACAGUAUGUGUCUCUGGCCUGUAGCCGCCAUGGCAGCCGUGUGCUAGAUGCCAUCUGGAGUGGAGCAGCUUUGGGGGCACGGAAGGAAAUUGCUGCUGAGUUGGGAGAGCAGAACCAAGAGCUAAUAAAAGACCCUUUUGGCCACCAUGUUGCUCGAAAUGUGGCCUUGACUACCUUCUUGAAGCGACGGGCAGCUUGGGAAGAGCAGCAGAGUGCAGUCGCCAAGCGGAAGAAGGCAUUCAACUCAAUACUUGAAGACUGAGGCCCUGGGUUCUGGGAAUGGGUAUUGAAGAGGAAGUCAAAGGAGGAGUACCCAUUCCAUACCUUCCUGGUUAAAGUUGGAGUCAAAAAUCUUACUUGAGCAGGUUACUGGUGGCUCAUGCUUAUAAUCAUAGCUACUUGGAAGCCUGGGAUUGGGAGAAUCACAACUCAGAGUCAACCUGAAUAGUGAAGUUUAUGAGACUCCUUCUCAAUGGCAAAAACUGUCAUUCUAUCUAUGAUGAGAAGCUUAAAAUAGUUGGAUCACAGUCCAGGCAGGCACACAAGUAGAAAGCAAGCCCCUAUCUCAAAAAAUAGCCAAUACAGAAAAAGCUUGGGGUGUGGCUUAGUAGUAGAGCUCCUGCCUAGCAAGUACAAGCUCCUAAAUUCAUGCCCAGGUUCCACAAAAAGAAAACUGUUACUGGAUUGUGGAUUGUGGUCCAUAUAUCUAAUC